GUGGGGCGAGGUGAGGGUAGCAGUGAGAGAGAUUUUUGAUCUUCUGGAGUACUUUGUCUUGUUUAUUAAUAUUUUAUUUCUUUUUGUUAUUAAUACUGGUCUAGUAAUAUUCUUCUGUACCAUUUAGGAUAUCUUUUGGAGUCCAGAUGAAUAAGUCAGCAUCUCAAGAGGAAGUCAAACCUGCUCAGGAAAAUGGAAAAGAAGACAAGGAGAGGAAAUGGGACUCUACUGAAGUGAAAGAGCUUCAUGAGACUUUACAGAGUGUACCACAUGUUCCUGUAAAAGAGGCCAGCAACAAUGUGGUGGAUGAAGCAAUGGAUGAAAUCAAAUCCCAAGAAUUAAACCUGGAGGGGCAGCAAAAAAUUUCACCUGAUUCAAUAAAGGACUCUAAAACUGAAGCCUCAGGUAAUAUUGCAGUUAGAAAACCUGCAAAAGUGAUUUUUACUUUAGAUGAAACUGAACUGGAAUCAAAGCUAGAGCAACCAUGGAAGAAAAAUCUCUUUGAAAGGAUGGAGGCAAGAGCCCAAGCAAUGCAGCAGAAAAUAAUAGAUAAGGAAAAUCUGAAGAAGGAACUAGAAAAAAAGGCUGAAAAAAAACUCCCUAGGGAUAAUUUGGCCAAAGAGUGGUUUAAUACUGAAAGCAUGACACUGAAUAAUCGUGUAUAUUUGCUUGACAAACUUCUACCCACCUUAAUUCCUGGAAUAGAAAGCAUGUUAAUUCAGGUAGAAAAGAAGAAGGUUUUGACAGAAGUUGAUACUCCAAGCAAGUUUGACCCAAUUAAUUAUUUGGGAGAAUAUUUAAUGAGAAACAAUCCUUAUUAUAUCAAAGACCCAGGAAUGUCUGGUUACCAGAGGGUGAUGAAGGAGGUCACAGAAGACCUGAAGAUAUAUGUUCCUGACACUAUCUGCAACAGAGUAUCCAGGAUGAAAGAGAAUGUUAAACAGAAUAGAAAACAAAGAGAAAGCAUAGGCAAAAUCAAAGUCAAGGUGGCCAACACACGGAAACAGGCUCUGCAGGAGCAAUUCGAUGAGUGGAUUCUAGACCCUAAAGGAAUGAUUCCUGUGUCAGUGAUUCAGAAUGCUCUUCAUGAAUUCUUUCAAAAUCCAGAUUUCAAGCUUGAAUCAUACAGCAAACAAUUGGAUAUUACUGACUCAACAGAACCAAGAUUGAACAAAAUGGAAUUUACAGAAUACAUCUCUUCACAUAUUAAAGACUUGAAGAGUGAAAUGUUUGAGGAACUCCUUAAGCACCUUUGCCACUCUGCAGAUGAAUUCCGGAAGAUCAUAAAAGCUGACAUCCAGAGGCAGAUGUUCGCUGAACUUUUCCUACAUUGUGACCACGGGAAGGUAGGGUUUUUGGAUCGGCAGAGAACAUUGGCCCUGCUGGAAUCAUUCUAUGACCAUAGUUCACAAAUGCUUAGGAGUUUACUUCGAAACCCACGACAAUGGCCAUUCAUUGAAUUUGAAGAGAUGAACUUAUCUGAGUUGUGGGGAGACAUGGAUAAUCAGAAACACAUUUAUGAAGGCUUUGACAAAGUGCUCUUAGAGACGAAUACAUUACUUUCUGCAAAACAUUCUAGCAAAACCCAAAGUAAAUUAUUAGAAAGUCCAGAUCAACCUAAACUCGAUGAACAGAGAACAUCAACACUACCUGCAAACCUGCCAGAAGAGCAGAAACGAGUAACUGCAGAACAAGGACCACAAAAAAUUUCAACUGAAGAACAAGAACAAGGCAAAAAGCCAACUGCAGAACAAGAACCGUACAUCGAAUCAGUAACACAACCAGGAACCCACACGGAGUCAACUCUAGAACAAGGGUCAAGUAGAGAGUUAAUAAUAGAACAAGAAACACACAGAGUGCCAUCUACAGAACAAGGACAGCACAAAGGUUCAAUAGUAGGACAAGGACCACACAGAGUUUCAGUUUCAGAACAAAGACCAAGCAGAGAGUCAACUGCAGAACAAGGGUUACGCAGAGGAUCAGUUGCAGAACAGGGGUCACGCAGAGAGUCUAUUGCAGAACAAGUUCAACGCAAAGGGUCAGUAGCAGAACAGGGAUCACGCAGAAUGUCAACUGCAGAACAGGAAUCACUCAGAGAGUCAAUAAUAGAAGAACCAUACCAAAAAUCAGAACGAGGACCGUAUGGAGAGAUAAUUUCAGAAGAGCAAGAAGACAUAGGCUCAACUUCACAAUCAAGAAAAGAUAGUAUGUUAAAAAGUGCAAAAUCUGGGGAGCCCAUACCCUCUGAGCACAUUGAAGUCCCUCUAAAGGAAAAGAGGUCUUGGGAACAAAUACAUGAAGAGCAAAUAUUCCUGAGUUCUGAACUGCAAGAGGAAGUUCCAACAUCAAGUAGGAAUGAUCACUUUUCAGAAACUACAAAAAAGGAAGUUCAGAAAGACGAGUCCUGUGAACCCAGGUCCCAAAACAUAGAAGGAAAGUCAUGGUCAGAUUUACACUCAAUUAUCAGAAACAUUCAGUCUUUCAAGGAGGUAAAAGGCCGAACUGCCUUCAAUGGAGUUUCAUUCAAUCUGCUCCAGUUUGUGCAACUCCUGGAGACAUUUGUUGGUGAAGAUGCUCCCUUGAGUAUUAGUGAGACUCUGGCCACCUUUUUUAAGGGGGGCUAUGUUGAAACAGAACAAGAGAAAAUGAAUGCCUUAGAAAAGUUUAGACAAAAUGCUCUCCAAGUCCGACGGAGGCUUCUCCUAGAUGCCAUCUUUCAGAAAUGGGACAGUGAUGCCUCAGGCUUCCUGGAUCUGAUGGAAGUUGAUGAACUCUUGUACACGUACAAGGAGGGAAUGGAAAAAGAAUCUAUGAAGAAAGCUAAACUGCACAUCCAAUUUCCAAAACCACCUCCUGGUCACGAAGUGAGGUUGUCUUCAAAACAAUUUCAGAAUUACAUAGAAUUGAUUGUAUCUGAACUCAGGGGCAAUGAAGACCAAGUUCUGGAAAGCAUUGUGGAAUUUCUGAUGAAUACUUUAGAGAGGAGCCACAUUGAGAAUCUGAGGAAUUGUGCCAGGCGGAAGUGGCUGCACAAAAUCCAACAUGCUGCAGAGACAAGUGGGGUGUCCUUGGAGCCAGUGUAUAGUGAGACCUUUAAGGCCCUCACCCAGGAUGCUGAAGCCCAUGGAAAUAAGAAGAUCAGUGCUCACAUUUCCCUCUUAGAAGAAAACGUGCUACUGCCUGAGAAAGGGAAUGUUCUAUUGAGGAAUGUGGCUUGCACUUUAGAUGAUGCUCCAUUUGUACUGAACAAAGUGCUCUACAGGGACAUGAAAGGAAUCAGCUUUACAGUAGUGGAUGAAGGAAAGCCAAUCCACGUUCCCCAAGUUCAGUACCAUGGGAACAUCUUCUUCUGGAACCAUUCCCGUAAUAAGAAUGAUUAUAAUGGGUCAUUCCUGGCUCUUCCACUUCAAGAUGCAUAUAUGAGGAUCUUUGGAGUCUUGGCUGUUGACACUCUUAGAGAUCCCCAUGAAAUAAACAUCUUUCUACCUCAUGAGAUUAGAUUCUAUCAGGGUGUUGCCAAUGUCUUUAGCACUGCCUAUCACUACGUCCACAGCCGCGAGCACAUUCUGCAUAUUGUGAUCACUGGCAUUGGCUGGCUCUAUGACGUCACAUCCAGCAUCACCUCCAUCACUACAUACUUUGUAGAGCCUAGGCCAGCUCAGGAUUCAGACUAUGUUUUACGCAACAUGAUGGUUACAGGGCAGCUGGGUCUAACAGAAAUCCACAAAAAUCCUCCUACCAUCUACAGGAAGUCAUGCAUCUUCAGAGAUUUCCUCUUCAAAUGUACAGACAGUUCAGAAGUCGUAGUGGCCUCCGCCUGUGGAGAAACCCACAUAGCAGUUCCACUUCGUGAGAGAACAGGAGAGGCUCUGGGAGUCCUCGAUUUUAACAUUGGCCGAAAUAAGAUGUUGUAUCAAGAAUAUAAAGAUCUGCAGAAAAUGACAAAAGUGGUUCAAAUGGCUUGCUAUGAAAUACUUGGCGAGUUCUCUGGAGAGAUAGAGAAAAAAUAUAUCUUAGGUAUUUUUCAUGUGGCAUCAGUCUAA